AUGAAUAUCCCUCCGCCCGAAGAUUUGCCUGAGAAUGCAAGCCAACCACAACAACCUGUGCGUAAACGUCGGAGAACACAGUUAGCAUGUAAUUCAUGUCGCCAGAGAAAGACAGCAUGUAAUGGUGAUCGUCCUUCGUGUUCAUCAUGUAUAAGAAGAGGUGUUCAAGAUAGUUGUUCUUAUGAAGAAGCAACUGUAGGAUCUAAAGCUUCUGUCAAUGCCGGGAAGGCUUUGAUUACCGACAAUUCAAAACCAAAUGUCCCAUUUAGAACAGUCAGUCAUUCAAUCUCCUCGCCAGAUGCGGCUACAGGAAAUGCACCUUCUCCUGGAAAUGUUGGUGGUUUGGCCAUGGUUUCCGAUAUAGAGUCGCAAGAUUCCCUCUAUGGAGGUUCAUCAACAAUUGCAUUAGUAUCUCAAGUUCGACAGGCAGCGUCAGAUCAGGCAGCGUCGAUGAAUGCAACGGGAAUACCAUCGCCUGAUAAUGCAGCUCAAACGAAUGGUGAUAUAGAAAUUCUUCAUAAUCAAGAUUUUGCGAAUUUCAUUUUACCUCCGCGUCAACAGGCUGAUGAUUUCUUGAAUUGUUAUUGGGAAUUCGUUCACCCAUCCACUCAACAUGCAAAUAGAUGUUGGAAUAUGGUUGGAUUGGCUAUUCGAACCGCACAAGGAUUGGGUCUUAAUACAGAAAAUAAUAUCCACAGGACCAAUCAAUUAAAUAUUGAGAUAAGGCGGAGGGUUUGGUAUUCUUCUAUGACAUUUGGACGGCCCACCAUGAUCAGAACUGGAUCUUGGGAUGUUCCGGAACCUGCAAUAAUCGACGACCAAUAUCUAUCGUCAGAUAGCCAAGGAGUUCAACAAUCGGGACUUCAUUCUCGGAUGUAUCUAUUUGUUUACUCGCUCAGGCUAUUUGACAUUAUGGAUGAGAUACUUUCCGAGUUUUAUGUCCUACAAGGUGGGAAGAGUGGAAGUAAUUCUUCCAAGAAUUUUGAUCCUUGGUCGGUUCUUACUCGUACGCAUCUUACUCUUACGACCCGUACUCUUAACAUCCGUCUCCAAGGAAAAGUCAACCCUGCUCGCCAAAGCCGAGCCUGGACUUCAGAAAGAUCUCGCAAUUGGAUUGCUUUCGCCGCUGCGACAAUCCUCCUUGCGGCGCAAUUGUCUCCACUGAUCGAAGCCAAUUUGUCCACCGAUCAUUCUUUCGAAAAAUCUUGGACAUCAUGUAUUAAAAUUCUCGAGCAUCACAAAGUACAAAUUCAAUCAGCCGAGCGAGCUACAACGAUCCUGAAGGGCUUGAAAGAGAAAAUACAAGCAAGAAAACCCCAAGAAGCCGCCGCAAACUCGAAAGCGAAGCACAAAUCCCCUACCACCAAGUACCAACGCCAACAGAUUAUUCCGCCAUAA